GUUUGCUUGUUUUAUUUGGUAAAUGCGUUUCCAUAAAUUUAGUUAAUAAGCAAAUUUGCAGUUUUAUCCCAAAACUUGCAUUAAAAGAUUAAAAGUCUCUAUCGCAGAGACUUGCAUGUAAUAUGGAAGCUACUUUGCUGCAUACACACAUAUAUAAACAAAAUGCGUUAUCAUUGUGAUUUUUAGCAAUUCUUGUGAUUUUAUAAAAAAAAAAAAAAUACACUUAAGUCUUAUUGGUAAUGCAUCAGGGAUGCUGGCUGUGUAAAAGCAAUCUGGCCUGCUCGUUGCUGAUGUAUUGCUCAUUUUGUCUCUCCUUUUGUUUCCUCCUUUUCUCUGACUACCGUGCGAUUCACACCAAAGCCAAUAACGGUCAGUGAAUACAGUCAGUAUCCUGUCAUCAUCAUCAGCGCAGUGUAACGUGGGAGAACACACGCAAGCUGGGUGUGUUUGACAGGGACAGAGCUUAAAAUCCACACACACACACACACGCUGGCGUGUCUAAAGACCGCAGCAACCUAAAAUGUCUCCUCCACCCAGGCCAUUAUACCUGCCUCUUUGCCUCUCAAUUAGGCAGUCUUACCAGCCACUAAUCUGAUAAUCUCUGUCCUGUCUCUCUCAUCCAAUCCUCCAUCUCUCUGACGACUCCUUCGCUCGUCUUUCCAUCUUGUCUCCAUCCCCCACCACCAAGUUUCCUGUGAACUUUUUAUGGUCAUCUGUCUUGAGUCAGUUACGUCCCCCUCUCCUUCUCUCUAAUUUAAAGACUCACGCUCCAUCACCCCCUCUGCACGUCUCCUCUCUGUUGAAAAGCUCCUGCACAAAGAGGAUAAAGCUACUGUGAGCAGUGGUUGCUGACACACGAGGUGCACUGCGGUCCCUCUUCAACCCCUGAACGACAGCAGAAUAGCACAACCUCGUCUGAGGACGGUUAUGGAAAAUUCAACAGAGGAGACAAGAACGGAAUCUGCAAAGUGCACCCUAUCUAGGGAGGAGGCGGAGCAAAGCGAUGAGCGCCAGAGCCCCGCCCCCACAGGAACACAAACAAAACACACAGAGAGUUCUACCAGUGUAGAGGAGGAAGCAAGUGAAUGGGAGAACGGACAGAAUAGAUUAGACGAAGAGAUGGAGGUAGCCGAUGGGGUGGACCUGUCUUCCAUUAACUCCAUGAUGAGCACUGUGAUGAAAGCAGCUCAGCUUAACGGCAGCGUAGACUCCGUCCACUCCACGCCCAGUAAGGUGUCCGUCAAAAGCCCCAGCACCAACCGCAGUGGAAGAAAGACCCAGGAAGCCAAAGAUGACAGCGGGUGUAUCACCUGUCCACUGUGUGAUAAGAGCUUUCAGACCCAACACCAGCUCACCAUGCACAUCCGCCAGCACAACACCGACAGCGGGACUUCGGACCACUCUUGCAGUAUCUGCGGGAAGUCUCUGAGCUCGGCUAGCUCUCUGGAUCGUCACAUGCUAGUGCACAGCGGAGAGAGACCCUACGAGUGCUCUGUGUGCCAUCAGACUUUCACCACCAAUGGUAACAUGCACAGACACAUGAAGAUCCAUGAGAAGGACUCUGCUAGCUCCAUCCCCAGCAGUCCGACUCUGUCUCCACCUAAACGAAGACGUCACUCUGCAGCCAAACGCAAACUAAGCCACGAUGAAGACAUUGAGAAGUCCGAGGAGACAACCAGCAAAAAGGUCAAAGAGGAUAACAUUGUAGAUGAGCAGAGUUUGAAUAAAGGACAGGAAGAAGUCUUGACCUGUCCUAUCUGCUUCAAGACCCUCACCUGCAGAAACGACUUUGAUGCCCACAUGGAGACCCAUCCUGACACUACACUGAGAUGUGAUUUAUGCUGCAUCUCGUUCCGCACACACCGAAGUUUGCUCCGCCACAAUGCAGCUACCCAUAAGCAGCUACCCACAGACCCCAACGGACGACCCUUUAUUCAGAACAACCCAUCCAUCCCUCUUGGUUUUAAUGAUCUAGCUUUCAUUGACUUUUCAUGCCAGAAGUUCCCGCAAAUUGCCCAGAUUUGGUGUGAAACCAACCUUCGGCGUUGUACUGGCAAAUUCCAUCGCUUUGUAUGUGACACAUGCGAUAAGGCAUUCCCUCUCAGCUCUGCUCUAGACUUGCAUAAAGCCUCGCAUGAGACUUCCAGUGGCACCCAAGAGACUACUUCACACUUAACUAUGAAAGAUGAGCUUCCCACUCCUGAGAAAAGUAGCUUCAUGGACUCUUUGGGCUUGCAGCACAUCUCUCAGGUUAAGCCUGCCCCCUCAGAAGAGGAUGUCCAGCAGGCCAAGCUUGAUAGUAUUCGGGUUAUCCACGUAGAGCAAAAUCAGUCCUCUGUACCUCAGGAGGCAGGCAUUGUUGGAGGGGUUAACCUGUCUCUUGUAGACCCAACGACUCUUCAUGGUCUGUCCCAUCAAGACGCUCUCAAACUGCUGUCCCUUCAGCCCUUCCAGACUGGUUUUCUGGUGCAGCCAGAUGGUGGUAUGGUAGUGAAACCAGUUUGUGGUGAAUCCAACGUGGAACUCGCUGAUAUACAGCAAAUAAUCAAAGUAGCUUCUGCUGCUCCUAACCAGAUCACUCUGCCACCUUUAUCCAAGGCGCCUUGUAGUGCUAUGCAGUCGGGCUACAAGCAGAUGCCUCCACUCAAGCCAAAACCCUUGGUGGCUCCCAGAACCAGUAUGGUAGCUUCAACUCCUCCACCCCUAUUGAACACCCAGCAAGCUUCCCUGGGCUGUAUCAGUCCUAGCCUCCCACCCCCUGCCAGUCAUCCUCUCAAAACAGUUCGGGACCUCUCCCCAUCUUCCUCGUCCUCUUCUGCCAACAACCACGCUCCGGCAGAGAGGAUACAAAUGGAGGCAGAGUGCAUGGGAGAUGCCCAUACCCCAAUGGACAUGGAUGAAAGACAUAUCAAACAGGAGAACGGCAAAUUAGAAGAGACCACUGGAAAAAAGGGAACAUCUCAAAAGGGCUCGUACCCCUGCCGAUUUUGUGACCAGGUCUUUGCAUUUUCUGGUGUACUGCAGGCACAUAUGCGAUACCAUUUGGGCAUCCUACCCCACCAAUGCAAUAUCUGCGACUAUGUUGCCCCUGACAAGGCAACGCUAAUCCGUCAUUUGAGGACGCACAGUGGUGAGCGUCCCUAUGUCUGCCGGCUCUGUCAUUACCCGUUUACUGUCAAGGCUAACUGUGAGCGCCACCUUCGCAAAAAGCACAUGAAAAACAAUCGCAAGGAGAUUGAGAAAAACAUUAAGUAUGUUACCUCGUCCACGUCCACAGCAGACGUACUGGAGCAGGCUGGAACUAAUGAAACUACCUGUCGCUUCUGUGGGGAGGACCUAAAGACGUUCAGAGCCCUGCAGAUACAUUUGCGCACACACAACGGCUGCCAGCGAAAGCCAUUUGAGUGCAAGCGUUGUGGUGCAGCUUUCCUUGCUAAGCGUAACUGUAUCCAUCACCUUCUGAAACAACAUCCAGAGGUCCAAGAGCAGGAUAUUGAAGAGCACAUAAUCACUCUUCUAGCUGCAUCAACCCAAAAUAGCCCAAAUCCAUCUCCUCUCAAUGGGGUUUCUCCUAGCACUGUAGUGCAGCCUAUCAAAGUUGAAGACCUUAGCUUUUACAGUGUAGAUAUGGAUCAACCUCUGGACUUCUCUAACAAAAGCCAUGGGGGCAGCAGUGCCGGAAGUGCGAGUGGAUCUCCUGGGAUCAAAAUUGAACCCGUCUCUUAUGACUCUAGCAUGGAACCAAUUGACCUCUCUAUUCCUAAGAAUCCUGUGAAGAAGUUUAAACAAGACAUUGAGGCCACAUUGCCAAGAGAGGUUAAAAAAGAACAGUCCUCCAUUAGCAUACUUGCACAGGCUCUUCAAGCCGAGAAGUCCAUUGAUGAGAAGUCUCAACCUCUUGGAUGCUACCAGGUCCCUGUUGCUUUGUCCUCUCUUACUGGUAGCACUAAUGCUGCAGGAAGGCACUUGCGUUUAAAGCCCCUGCUUCCUAAACCUUCCUCUGCUGCUGUGAAGGAGCUUCCACCACUAGCAUCCAUUGCUCAAAUAAUUUCCUCAGUUUCUGGUGCCCCUGACCUUCUUAAGCGGGAUAACACUAAUAGUCUUCAGGCUGAUUCUGACACACAUGGCAAGCAAGAAUCACCAGAUAUUUUGACAGAAGAGCUCUCACUAGAGAGCUCAAAGAAGAGGACCAGGAAAAGGCCAUCCAACAGCACAGCGAAGGAGAAACCUGUAAUGAAUGCCACAGACCCAAGUAUUGAUUUAGAGUCUAGUGGGGAGUUUGCUAGUGUUGAGAGGAUGUUGGCAACCACUGAUGCCAACAAGUUCAGCGCCUAUCUUCAGACCAACACAAUUGAGCUGGCAAGAAAAGGCGGGCAGCAGCCAGGUGCUAGUGACGAGAAAGAGGUGAAAGAUGAGAAACACUUGCCAGCCCAGCAGACUGUUCAAGCCCAGCAGUCCAAAGGAAAGAAGAAUGCAUACUCAAAUUCUGUGCAAAAGAUGACUUGCCCCUUUUGUCCCAGAGUUUUCCCUUGGGCCAGCUCACUUCAGCGUCACAUGUUAACACACACAGGUCAAAAGCCAUAUCCUUGUCCCCAGUGUGAUGCCUUCUUCUCGACCAAGUCCAACUGUGAGCGACAUCUUUUACGCAAACAUGGCAUUUCCAACAGAGUGCUUCGACGCAACGGUGCAAUACCCAAGACUAAGGAAGCAGAGGAAGGCUCACCAGAGAGUGCAGAGAGCACAUCUGAGACUGAGCUGCUUAUGAGCGAGGCAAUGGAUCUCACAAGAUCAGACUCAGAAAAGCCUGAAGCAUCGGAUGCUGAGAAAACUUCACCAGCUAAGCCGACAGAGGCAGCCGUGGUAGAGCCUCUUCCUCACAAAGAGGAGGAGGACCCAACAGCCCUAGAGACUUUGAAGCACAAUGACCCAGAAAAAGAGGAUGGCGAUUCCCAUAGCAAUAAGACCCUUGACUUGACCUUUGUUUCUAAGCAAAAGGAUUUCAAGAUCACUGAGAAAGACCAGCCACAGUCCUCCCCUGCAGCAGAUAGUGACGUGUCUGACAAAGCAACACCUCAGGAGGAGUCCAAAUUCACCUGCAAAAUUUGCAAGAAGAUCUUCCGCUACGCUGCCACUUUAACCAGACAUGAGAAAGUUCAUCAGCUGGAUGUAGCAUCAGACUCCACUAAUGGACCUGAACAAAGCCUCACGAAAUCAGAUGAUCCAAUUGUGCCUUGUGAAAAUAAGAAAGAGGUUGCAGAGGAAGAGGUGGAGAGUGUAAGGAAGAGCACAGCAGAGAACGAGGGAAUGGGCAGUGUGGGGGAGAGCGGAUCUGAGGAGGAUAAAGAGGAGAGGAGUGAUGAAGAGGGAGCUGCAGCUGAACCAAAGAGUGCUGAGGGAGAGACCGAAGAACCUGGCAGCAAGCCGGACAAGAGGAAAAAGGUGUGCAGUAUAUGCAAUAAACGUUUCUGGAGCCUUCAGGACCUCACCAGACACAUGCGUUCUCAUACAGGAGAGAGGCCUUACAAGUGUCAGACAUGUGAGCGAACUUUCACCCUCAAGCACAGUUUGGUCCGACAUCAGCGAAUCCACCAGAAACUCCGGGGAGCGGAUAGUGACGGUUCAUCUUGUGGGGUCACAGGUGGACCAGACGAGGACUGCUUUAGUGGGCGCUCAGCUAGCGAGAGCGAGUGCACACCCACCAGCACCAAUCCACCCUCUGAGAACGAAAGUGAAUUAACAGAUACUGUGAAGGGGGAACCCACCUCACAGGAGAAAGAGGAGGAUUGUCUACCCUGUGCGGAAGAGUUUAAACUAACCUCCAAGACAGGACCUGCAUCAGCAACAGAGACACCCAAAGAACCUCCAGCAGAGAAACAAGCGUCGGAUUCACCCACCGCAUCUGACAUAGAGCCGUCGGAGGGAUUCAUCCAAGGCUUACUGGAGAUCCACACCAAGCCCACUACUGAGCAAAUUUUGCCCACCCCCGAGCCGCCGCUGCUUGGCGUAGAGUGAAAAGCAACUCUUUCCUAGUUUAGCUUAUCAUGUGUUGAAAUGUGCUGCAACAAGAAGCAGUGCCAUAUAACAAGUACAUUUCAAUGAGAAAAAAGAAGCAAUGACUCUUUACAAGUGCCUUUCUACUUUUUUUGCUAUAUCUUUAUCAGCAUUUAUCUUGGUCGAAAGUUGAUUUUUAUAGUAUUUUACAAUGAUCGUUAUAAUUUUUUUGGGGGGGGUUGUAAUCCUGAGAAAACUACUUCAAGCAAUAUAUGAACAAAUUUGCAUAUUGUUUUGUACAGUUCAGAGGCAGCGGAAUCCGUCUUAUGAAAAGCAAGUAUAUGCCCUUAUCCAGCGAUGGCUGAGGACAUGUUUCUACUGAGAGGCUUGUACCCAAGUGCAUAACUGGAAUACACAAAGACGACUUGUUCACCACAGGGCUUCUAUGUUUUUGUUUGUCCUCUUUAAUUUGCCAGUUUCCUAUUUUGUGUAAUUCCUUUAAUGACAGAGGCUUCCAGAGUUAUUGUUUUAUUACAGAGCUCUGUUAUUCUGGGUGCUGCGUUGUGUAAAGAUGUUUUGGGGAUACAGCCAAGCAAAAAUUCAGAGAGUCAUCCUCGGAAAGAUGUUCAGCAGGUGUUGCAUCAAGUAUGGGCAAUGUUUGCUCAAAACAGGUGAUGAAUGUCCAGCUGUGCUGAUUGUGUCAAUAUCCUUAGAUAGCAUUAACGUUUCUUUUCUUUUUUUUUUGGCACGAAAGGAUGGUUUUUACUGAGGGAAGGCAAUGUUUUUAGAUUUAAGGGCUUUUGAAUUAUGUCCCUCAAGCCCUGCCUCAGCUCCUUAAGAAUACAAAAAUGAAAAAAGCAAAAUUACAGGAAGCCCAUGAGUUAUGUAUCUGAUGUACUUGACAGAAAUAUGAAAUGUGUACCUGUGUCCAGGGUUACCGUCUUCCAAAAGCAUCACUUUUUAAGCCUUACUCUUGCAUCUGAGCAUUUAGGCAGGCGUCUCACUUUCUGCCGGGCUCACGAACUAGAAUUCUUGGUGUACUUGAACCCUGUCGCCCUGCUGCCUCCUGUCAGGAUGUCGUCCUGCAGCGCUCCUCAACUAGGAGGACCCCAUGUCAAUCACAAGUUCUUUCUUUUGUAGUGUUGGAUCUCUUUGACCUCUCAGUUUUAUGAACUCGUAAAGAAACCUCAGACACAAACAAAGCAAACCUCAAUGGGCAUGGAGACUGUAUGAAAUUGUGUGGACUGGUAAGCAUCUUCGAUUAUAGGUCUCCUUAUUUCCUGGAGCAGUCGUUUUUCCCAAACAGAUGCCUACCGAUUGGCACGCGUCCGAAGUGCGAUGACGGUAUGCAAAAAGAAAACAAACAAGGAAAAGGAAUAUUGAACCAAUAGUGGGGAUGGGGAGAGAGUUUGCUCCUGAUUGGAUAUCAGGUUGUGUGCGCCCCCUAGUGGUGAAGAUCUAACAUCUCUGCUCAGGCACGAGACUUGUAGUAUUGGAUGAACUUGAAUGCAAUUGCAAUCGCUUUCUCUAUCUGUGUAUUCCGGGACUUCUGCUUCUCCCGAUGCCUUUUCCUGGGUUCAUGUGAGUGUGUUUUGUUGGUUGUGUAGAAGUGAUUGGUUUCCUGGUAAGAAUGCUCACAGAUUGUUUUUAAUGUAUUUAUUAUGACCCAGGGUCGGGUGAAGAAGUAAAUGCGGAGAAGCCAUGUAUUAACACAAUUAUGCUGCAUAAAAAAUGAUUCAAAUUCAAUACUUAGCAUCCCAGCUUUGAUCUGGGUCCUUGAUUGAUUGAUUGAUGAUGAUGAUGAUAAUAAUCACUUUUGAUCCGAAAGCUUUAUGUAGAUCUUUGUAUGCAUUUUUUUUUAGAAUGUGUGGUCUGUUUCUGUUAUCUUUAUUAUAUUAUUAUUAUGAUGAUUAUUUCAGUUUGACAGAGAGAUACAAGUUGUUUUCAUUGAUAUAUUCUUUUGCGUAUAAAACUGUGAAAUUUACUGUUAUUCUGCUAUGGGUGAAUCUGUAGGGUAGUUUUGCAUGAUAACCUUUUUAUGUUGUUCAGUUUUAAUUUCUUUUUUUUUCUGUUUGGCCCCACUCUGUCUCACUCUCAGGGUUCAUAACAAAAAAAGGUUUCUCAAAUCAUCGUUUUUCUUGCAACAAAAAAUUCUCUUCACCUAUGAUUUCUGAAUAUGUUGAAUCGUCAAUCACUACUUUUUUAGCACUUGACUGUGAAUUCAAAUGAACAGGGUGGAGUUAUCAAAUCCACAUUCCACUCAUGGGUUUUCUACAAGAUAUAGCCUCCUAUUUUUUUUUUUCCCCUGGUUUUUUAUUUUAAUCUUCCCUGUCUCUUUAGAAGAAUGCAGAGGAAUGGAGACCUGUCACUAUUUGACGUGUUGACUGAUGUAAAAGGGAGCUUUGUGUCGCUGCUACAUCCCCAAAAAUAAUUCUACUGGACUUGAAUGGAACCAGAAUCACCAGAACAUUUUUGGUACACUACUCUUGUUCUUCGAAUGAGUGCUUCAGAAUCAGAAAUGUAAGCUGUUCUGUAUCAAAACUAUUCAAGCAAUAAAGAUAUAUUAAAGGAAA